UUUGGAUUAAAUUCUUUUUUCUUCCGAUAUUUUUCUCUUUCGCAGGAUAGAUUUAAAUAAUUUCAUACUUUGUAUUCAAUAAUCUAUAAAUGUUUCAGUAAUGCAAGAGUAGAGGAGUAGUGCGGGUAGCUUAAUUCGAUGUGAAUAAUGCUGACAUCACUAACAGAGUUGUUAAGUGCAGCUGAUUCAUUCGUAUUUAUUGUGUAAAAAUUACAUUUUUUGAAAUGUAUUUAGUUGGAUUGACUGGUGGCAUUGCCACUGGAAAAAGCACAGUCGCUGCUGUUUUUCGAGAGCAUGGCAUUCCUAUUAUAGAUGCCGAUGUAAUUGCUCGAAAAGUUGUUGAACCAGGAAAACCAGCAUGGCAUAAAAUACAAGAGGAAUUUGGUCCAGAUGUGUUUUUGGAUACCGAAUAUUUAGAUAGAACGAAACUUGGGGAUUUAAUAUUUAACGAUGUCGAAAAGAGAAAAAAACUCAAUGCUAUAACGCAUCCUGAUAUAUACAAAGAAAUAUAUUGGCAGACUAUCAAAUACUUUUUACAAGGUCAUCCGUUCAUAGUUAUGGAUCUACCAUUGCUUUUUGAGACAGGACACAUGUUGAAUUACUUGUACAAAAUUAUAGUUGUAACAUGUGAAGAAGACCUUCAGCUACAACGAUUAAUGGAACGAACUGGAUUUACAGAAGCUAAAGCGAAAUUAAGAAUAGCUGCACAAAUGUCCUUGGAAAAAAAAGCAGAGAUGGCAAAUUUUGUAAUUGAGAAUUCGGGCAGUGUAAGAGAUACGAGGGAACAGACCGUGAAAGUAAUUAAUGUAUUACGAUCCUCCAAGCAUCAUUGGAAAUUGCGUCUUUUAGUCGGGUUUUGUUGUACUGUACUGUUAGCUGGCGCGUAUUGGUUAAAGAAUAGAAGUUCGAAAUCUCUAUCUACUGCAACAUGAAAUUUUCUAUCAAAAUUAUUUAGUUCGGAAACAAACGUUCUCUGUAAAUCGUAGUCACGUGAUAAAGCCAAGUGUGAUUUUUUUAAUUUUAUACAGCAGCAUUCGCAAAAUUGAAAUUUUCAUAAAAUAGAUAAUUAUUAAGACGAAAUUAAGUCGUCUAUCUUAAUGUAUACAUUUAUGCGGAUUGCAAUUACAUUUGUUGAACGAAUCAUUCAGCAGAGAAAGCAACUUUGCAACUAUUGUAAAAAUUCUUUAAUAUUGAUCUUGCUCUUAGUUUCUCUCUCGAUGGAUUUAAAUAUAUAAACCAGUCAUGUUGCAAAAUUUUAUUACAAUUGCUAAACUGCUUUCUCUGUUGAAUGUAACCAUUAUGUUGUGUAAUAAAUUUAAUUUUUUUUAUUCUAUAGAAAAAAGAUUUUUAUGCAAGUAUACUAUGAUGCACAGGCUGCAAUUAUAUUCUGUUACAAAUAAUUGCUCUUGUAUAAAAUAAAAUUUUAAUUGCAAUAAUAGAGCUAAUGAUGGAGUAAAGGGAUAUGUAAAGAAUUGUGUGUACGUGAACGAGACGCAUGAUGUGUCUUAUAUAUGUAUAUUUUAUGCAAUAAAAAAUCCAUAUUGUAGAGUAUAUAAACCAGAGCUUGAUCUGAUAGAAUAAAAGAAACAUAAAACAAAUAAUGAAUUCGAUUGGCAGUAUGCACUGGUGCACAUUAAAGCCGUCGUACACAAAAUAACUUAAAGAUAUGUUUAUACGUAACAUAGAAAUCGAUUAAAUCUUGAGAUACUCAAUACAUUUUAUCGUACUAUUAGAUAAAAUAUAUUGUAUUUUAUAAUUCGAAAUAUUUACUCACUUUUAUUCUUCUUCAAGUGCCAUACACUAUCUCAGUAUGUAGGCGCUUCCCUCUCAUAUACCUUUGCGCGCACAUUGAUUGUACACAACGUAUAUGGGGGGGACCUAUAGUUUAAACGCUGAUUCCGAAUGGUAAAUUUUUGGUAGGAAGGAAUGUCAGAUAGGCAAAUAUACUACUCGAUGGUUUACCGUUCCGAGAGGAAGGCAAGUGUAUAAAAAUUUUUCAGUUCUACCAAGGAUCUUUAGUAUAUCAGAUCAAUACGCUAUCUGCUACACUACACUCGCGCUCUUCACUUUUAUACUUAAAUUAAAUCAAUGUACAAUGGCUUUAAUAUUUUUAUAUACCAGUGCACACUAGUGCUUCCAAUCAAAUUCGCCAAAAGAGAUACUUAGUGAGCACUCGAUCAAACAGCUCAACAGUACAAUUGUUAUGAUAACAAUUAGCGCUACAAGGUACUUUUUUAUCGUCUAUAAAAAUGCGAUUGUAAAUGAGUUGGGUAAUUAACAAUGCAUUUAUCAAAUUAGAUGCAAACAGUUAUGUAACGAUAAAUAUAAAUAAAAA